AGAAGCCUUAUUAUUGAGAAAGCUGCUGAAUUUUGGGCUUUACAUCCCAAUCAUUCUCCCCACUAUGGCCAAAUUAGAUAUUUCAAAUGGUCUAAACCUUCUCACCCAUCUAUCAAACUCAAUACAGAUGGCUCUAAUUGGAAGCACUGACAGUCUCUCAACAGAAUUGUGGGCUUUGAGAGAUGGUCUCAAACUUGCAGUUGAUUUCCAGUUCACUAAUAUUAUUGUUGAGACUGAUUCUUAUAUUGCUUCUCAACUUUUGGCUAAACCUCCUAUUGCUACUCACCAGCUUAGCUCAUUGCUUUUGGAUUGUAGGGACCUCCUGCAGCUUAUUCCCCAUGCAAUUGUCAACCACACAGUUCGUGAAGCUAAUAUGGUUGCUGAUCAAUUGGCAAGAAUGGGACAUAAUCUCCAUCAGAAUUUUGUUAUUCUUUCUCAAUGUCCCCGACAUGUUAAACCAUUUUGUGUUUUAGAUAUUAUGGGGUUUGAAGUCCCCAGGACUCGAUGAUGCACUGUUUUAUUUCUGUUUAAUAUUAUCUUACCCUCUUUUAAAAAAAAAAAAAAAAAACAACCUCU